UAUGAUUUGUUGCUGCUGUCAAGCGUCCUUCUGGGUGUUUGCUGUUGCUGCUUCAUUUUGUUAUUUUUUGACAAAAUACAUCAUAAAUUAGGAAAACAUUACAUGUGAACGAUCAAAAACCUUUUACCAUGAAGCUGAAAAAGCCUAAAACCGAUACUGAGGAGGCAUUGCCUGUCGUCCCUCCUCAAGCCGAGAUCAUAGAGGCAGAUCUAUACAAGCGCUCGUACUUCGGUCCUGACGUGCCAACCUUGGAGCUAGAGUGCUGGGAGGAGGAGCUCUCUGAGGCUCAACUGCAGGCUUAUAAGAAUGCUGAUGAUGAGUACAAGAGCAUUCAGAACCGCUUGGAUGAGAUGGUAAAGGAUACAGGUGGAGAAAUAGUGUACAAUGGAGACCAGUUUACAGCUUAUCAGCUGCUUGGAAAACAACCUGUAUUGAAGGAUCUGGAGAGGCAAAGUGCUGAGAUAAUUAGAUCAAGAUCCCGCUCCCUAUCUAUAUCUAGGGAGAAUAAGCCUGGAAAGAGAGGGCGACCAAAGAAAAUCCGCACAGAGGAAGACCGUGACUAUUCACCUUCCCCUGAGAGGAACAGGUCUCCAGAAGUCAAACAUAAGAAGAAAAAGAAGGACAAGGAAAAGGCUAAAGAUAAUAAAGAUACCAAAACUAAGGACAAGACUCUGGCACCUUCUAAUGUGCACAGCGUAGUGACAAAUGUCCGUCCGUCAGAGGCCACAGCUAUCGGAGGCUUGCUCACCGGCAGUGCUACUAAGACAACUGCCAUCGUUGAUCUGACGAAAGAUGAUGGUAAUAAGAAUGUUGCUGAUUCACGAGAAGUGUCAUUCAAUAAGUUGCAAGGCAAAACAUUCCCGUCACUAGUAGUAGUGGCGCGUCCAUACCUCCGCUCUAAGGACGCGGCCGCACCAUCCGACCGGUCCACUCUGGACAGCAAGGUGAAGUCCGUGCUGAUGCACACACCCAUGAAGUUCACCGAGUGGCUCAUACAGCAGGGCCUGGUGCGGUCCGAGCAGUGGUGCGUUAUACAUGCUGGGAAUAAGCUUAAACUGGGCAUGUACUCCGACGUAUCAAAAUUCCCCUACUCGGGUGGCUACGUGUGGAUCUCCGAAUGUUGUCCAACUCGCUUCGUCUCCGUCUACUCAAGUUCUAUCUUCGAAGGAGCCACCUUCCCACCAAGCGUACUCCUCAAGCUCAUAUACCACUGGGCUUGUCAAACUAACGUCCAAAACGUGGUACAAUGGGUCAAAGUGGACAAUCUGUACGUAAAAGGCCUGUUUACCUGGCUAAGGGCUGUUUGCACGUCGGCCAUUCAUCAGCAUAUGGCAUUAUUAGGCGGUUCGGGCAAAAAAGUGGAGGUUGGCGUCAUAUCUUUGGGGACAACUAGCCAUGAUGGGACGCAGAGACAGGUGAAAGUUGAGGUCUUGGGUGUGCUGGAUCCUGUGGAAAAAUUGAUCCGUCUCCGCGCAGUAGAACCUCUAGCGGAACACGAAAAGAACUACAAGAAGCGGUUCCAAAAGAUCCUAGAACCCUUAUCCUCCUGGGUUCACCCUUCAUCAGUGAUCCUGACUGACCUGACCGUGGACAAGGGUACCCUGGUCUCCAUGGGCUUUAAGAACGUGCAUCAGGCAUCAGCCCACUCCGACGCUUCGGCUGCAAGGAACAGUAAUGCUAACAUCAUGGAGUAUUUGAGAAGGAUCGUGCCUCGAAUGUUCCAGAAUACUCUCUCUUUGCUGUCGAGACAGAUUAUACAGCAGUUCUUGGAUGAACUGGUUUGGAGAGAAAGGUACGGCAUAUCCCCCGGCCAAGCGUUCGACAACAUAGUGAUUCACAUAGCUGAACAGAGUAAGAUGGAGUCCAAGGAUCCCAUCACAGUACGUCUCAAUAAGAUCGCCGCUAAUCCCUUCAAGAACUGGAAGUAUCCUACUGGCAAGAAACGUGAUAAACUAGAAGAGCCGGAGCCUGAGACGGGUCGCGGCAAGCGCGGCCGUAAGAAGAAGGAACCGUCCCCGUCGCCGCCGCCCAAGAAGAGGAAGAAGGAGAAGACUACUUACAUUGAAGAAGAUGAUGAGGAGAUCCCCCUAGCCCUCAGCCGUAAAUCAACCAAAAUAAAAGAAGAAAAAGACAAACCGAAAGACAAGAAGGACGGCGAGCCCGCGGAACGCAGCCGACGCACGAAGAAAACUAAGUCUUAUGUCGACGAUGAUUUGGACGAUAUUCCUCUGAAGAACAUCAAGAAAGAGGUGCGGCCUGAGGAAACUGUGUCUAUGGAGAGAUUCUACUUCGGACAGAUCGGCGGGAACGGGGAGUUUGUCAAAACUGCUAUUGCUGUUGAGUGUCCCGUCUGCCACGAGGAAUACAACGACAACAUAUCUCUAAUGACACACAUGUUCGGUCACGCGGUGCCGGCCGCCGACCCCGCGGCGCAGUUCCAGUGCACCUACUGUCUCUCGCGGUUCCUUCUGCAAGAGGAGCUGGAUACACAUCUGAAGCAUAACCAUCCGGCUGAUACUAAGUCGCCGGAGCUGUUCACUUAUGCGUGCUUGAUUUGUGAGGUCCGUUUCGCCGCAGUCCUGACGCUAGCUUCUCACAUGCAGAAGACCCACGCUCCACUAGAGCUCCCGUACGCGUGCGACGCGUGCGACUACCGCGUGUCGGCGCAGCGCGGCGCCGCCGACCACUACCGCGCCGCGCAUGCCAACAGUGAUACUGUGCUGUGUCCUUAUUGUCUUAAGGUGAUAAAAGUAUAUGCGGACGGUCACGAGCUGACGGCAAACGUGGCGCUAUACCUGGAGCAUUUGCGGCAACACCAGGAUAAAGAGAUGGAGGUGCGGUGCAACAGAUGCGUGCUCAAGUUUGUGCAUCUUGGUCAACUGAAAGAGCAUCAAGUGCGCGAUCACAUCACAGUGGAAGGUGCUACACCACUCUGCUCUGAGGAACAUCUCAUCAGUAAACCUAGGAACAAAGCCCGUCCCCCGGUGAAGGACUCGGCGAGCCACACUCUGUCGGACACGUACGAGGACGUGACGCUGCUGCUGCCCGACGGCAUGCUGUGCCGCGAGUGCGACACGCCGCUAGAGAGGGACAAGCAUUUCUUAGGCACAACCCGCUGCACGAAGUGUUCGUACGUGACAUCGUGUUACCGCGCGAUGCUGCGUCACAGCGGCUACUGCGCCGGCCCGCACUCGCUGGAGGACGCGCCCCGCCCGGCGCCCUACCGCUCGCACUGCGUCUGCGGGUACAACACCACUGUCGGUACCGACAUGCUGACUCACCUACUGAUGUGUGACCACAAGUCUGCGUACGCGUCGGAAGAGGACGCCCGCGCCAACACCAUCGGCGCCGGGGACGACGCUACUGCCGCCAAACCUGUUGAGGAAACGUCGGCGCCUGUUGAUACUCAGCAGCCAGUAGACAGCGUGGUGGGCAUGUCGGACUACGCGCCGCCGUCCGUGCUCAACACGCAGCUCUCGCUCGACGACCUCGCGCCGCCUUCCGUGCUGCAGUCCGAUCAGCAUGAUCAAGAGCUCCUCAAGGACACAUACGAUCGUCCGCUGGCCACGCCGCGCCACGAGGAGCCGCACUACAGUCUCGGUGACUUCGAGCCGCUCCCGCAGGAACCGCCGCCGCAGCCCGACUUUGAACAGCUUUAGGAAUAAAACUAUAGCUCUUAAAUUCAGCAUAUUAUUGUGUAUGGAGUAUAAUAUGUUAGAUCUUUUAUUCAGAAUAUGAAUUGAUAGCUGGUUAAACUUAUAUUAAAGAAAACCAAAAGCUUGAGUUAAUAUCUACAUACGCUUGAAUAUGGUUGAAUUGUUCUGUAAAAUGGAUCUUAUCAUUAUCUAGUAAAGAAAUGUAGUGGUCAUGUGAAAUAUUAUGGCAGCAGAAAGUUUACUAUUAUUUGAUUAUAUAGAAAAUUAUGUUUAGGCUUGCAGUCAUGGUUGUUUUGCAAUACUUAUGUAAACAAAUAAUGUCUAUGAUUAUGUAUUAAAUGCAUAACUAUGAUUGUGUACAUUUUAUGUACUUGUUUUAUUGAAAUAAUAUAGGAAACCAC